AUGCCUCAAAUACCUCAUUUGAUCUAUCAAACCAAGUCUAAAUCACUACAAAAAUACCGUCACACAGCGUUUAUCAGGAAACACGCACUCACAUCAUCUAUAAUAAAACAAGAUAAAAAGAUGUACUGCUGUAAUAUAAUUUCUGUAUAUAUUUUAGAAUCAGUAUCAACUGCACAGAGCAUUUGCUCAAUUAUGAAGCAAUAUAGGGCAUGGCUUGAGCGCCAAUGCGUUCCUGAUGUUCUCGGUUUAGCUAAUCUCAAAAGUCUCUUCCGUAAAUUUGGCCGUCAGUCCGUAAGGUCAAGUCAGGUUUGGUUUGGUCUGGUCUGGUCUGGUCAUGUUAGGUCAGGUCAGGUCAGAUAUGUAUUAAACACUGUCAAAACCACAAGUACAGUCAAAGCUCGAUAUAGUGAUAUUCGAUAUAGUGAUAGUGAUAAAAUUUGA